AUGGUCAGCGAGUCGGGCAACCGUGGGUUUGAUGCGGAUGACGCUGAGCUGCCCAUGACGGACAUUCUUGUCGAGUUCGACAACCGAAUGCGCUUUCCGAGGAUCCCUCACCCAUACCCACUCGUGCCAGAGUCGAUCCCGGCGACUGGCGGCGGUGGAGGCGGUCGGGAGGGAUCGUCAUCCAUGUUCAAGAGCUCGCGCAAGUCGACGGCGUCUACUUCGAGGGGUGGAGCGCUCGAGAGGCGAGUCCAGCUGGCGUACACAGAGGCGACAAAUAUCUACAUUCUCGGCUCGGAGUUUACGCAUUCAGAUCUGAUCGAUGGCUUUGUCAAGUUUGAGAAGACAGAUGCAGUGGGUGAGGUGGAUCCUGCUGUCGCGAGACGCGGACGGUGGGUGCUCGUGUACGGAAUCCUCCAGAUUCUGGCAAGCAUUUCGGUCGAUGCGCCGGGAGUACGUUACCGCGAUGACGUGACGUAUCAUCUGUCGGUGCGACUCCGCGGAGCCAAGGUGCCACCGUGGAAGGGCGCCUCCGGGUCGACGUCACAGGUUCGGGGCAUGGAGGAGGCGGCGCAUGAGCUGUCGCACUGCUGGAUCGUGCCGCGUACGUGGAAGGGCGAAGAUGACGGAGGGCCACCGUCGAGCAGUGGGGCAGAAAGCGAAGGAGGGUCCGACAACAUGAGCCCGGUCACUGCGAAUGGGCAUUUUAUCGGUAUCGGCCGGGCCUGGGGGCAUCCUCCUGGACGAGCAACACAAGACAAGGGACACCACGGCAUGGGACGGUCGCCGCAGUCGUACGCAGGAGGGUACAGCUCAGCUCCGAGUAUCACGAGCGAGAGCGACGGCGGAAUGAGCCGGGCUUCGAGCAGGAUGGGGAGUCGUUAUGGAGGCGGUGGUCCCUCGAGCGCGGGGUCGCAGUAUGACCGGGCCGGCGACGUUGAGCCGCAGUCAAGAAGCCGAAGACGGGACCAUGGCGAUGGCGGAGCGGGGCGCUCUUCGCUGGCCGUCAUGUCCGGAGGCAGCGGGAGGGACGAAUACGGCAUGAGCUCCGGGCGGUCGCCGAGGAUACGGGAUUUCGACCUGGAUGUGAUUGAUGAUGCGGAGCCGUAA